AUGCUUACUUCUUCUAUUGCUCAAAUUUACAAGCCAUAUCUUAUUAAGGUGAAUUUUAACCUUAAUAAUGGUAAAAGUCCAAAGCAGCCACACCCAAGUCCCAAAGGAGAGGUUCUACUUCUAUCAACAAUGGCGUUCUCCAAUCCUCUCUUCUCAUCACCACUCCCUCUGUCCCCACUCAGAUCCCAUGCGCCGUUCCCCCUAAACUUCUCCUUCACAACGAAAGCAACGCUCGAUGAUUCUUCCUCUACCGAUGGUCCCACCUCCAAAUCACCCGAGACUGAAAUUUUCGAGGACCGACUCUCGCAGGUACGUCUGUGUUAUCGUAGUGGCACAGGGAAGAAAGUCGACGCACGGAAGAGCAAGAAGUCCGGGAUGAAAUCCGGUGGGAGUUCAAGAUCUAGGGCAAACAUGUACCUCCCAUCGGUGCCUUUGAAGGAGCCGAUUUCAGGUUGA